UUGCAUUUGUCAUUUUCCGGUCGUCAUUCGUACGCGCGACUUUUUGGCGAGUGUGUAAAAAUCUCCGGCUCUGCGUUAAUUAACCGAAAAUCGUGCUGUUUAGCCCCCGAAAUUAGUAAAUCGAACGCAGAAACCACACUCAACAUGGCCGACAAGCAGCAAGUGGACAGCGAGAUGAACGGCGAGGACUUCACCAAGGACGUGACCGCCGACGGUCCUGGAUCCGAGAACGGGGAUGGGGCCGCCGCCGGCUCCACCAACGGCAGCUCGGACAACCAGUCGGCAGCGUCUGGCCAGCGGGACGACGACAGAAAACUGUUUGUGGGCGGUCUGAGCUGGGAAACUACUGAGAAGGAGCUGCGCGAUCACUUUGGCAAAUAUGGUGAGAUCGAGAGCAUCAAUGUCAAGACAGAUCCCCAGACCGGACGGUCUCGAGGAUUCGCCUUCAUCGUGUUCACAAAUACCGAGGCCAUUGACAAAGUCAGCGCCGCCGAUGAACACAUAAUUAACAGCAAGAAGGUCGACCCCAAGAAGGCCAAGGCCCGACAUGGCAAGAUCUUUGUCGGCGGUUUGACCACAGAGAUCACCGAUGAGGAGAUCAAGACCUACUUUGGACAGUUUGGCAACAUCGUUGAGGUUGAGAUGCCAUUCGACAAGCAAAAGUCGCAGCGCAAGGGCUUCUGCUUCAUCACCUUCGAUUCGGAGCAGGUGGUCACGGAUCUGCUGAAGACGCCCAAGCAGAAGAUCGCCGGCAAGGAGGUCGAUGUUAAGCGGGCAACGCCCAAGCCGGAGAUGGGCGGUAUGGGCGGUAUGCGAGGUGGACCCCGCGGCGGUAUGCGCGGCGGACGCGGUGGCUACGGAGGACGUGGUGGCUACAACAACCAGUGGGACGGACAGGGUUCCUACUCGGGAUAUGGCGGCUACGGCGGAUAUGGUGCCGGCGGCUAUGGCGACUACUAUACCGGCGGCUACUAUAAUGGAUAUGACUACGGUUAUGACGGCUACGGCUACGGCGGCGGCUUUGAGGGUAACGGCUACGGCGGCGGCGGUGGUGGCAAUAUGGGCGGUGGUCGCGGUGGACCCCGCGGCGGCGGCGGCCCCAAAGGCGGCGGCGGCGGCGGUUUUAACGGUGGCAAACAGCGCGGAGGCGGCGGACGCCAGCAGCGGCAUCAGCCCUACUAAAUAGGGGCAGGGGGCGUGGGCAUUGGGUAUCUCGCAUUCUCCAGAUAACUGCAAACUAUUUGAAUUUUACCUAGUUUAGUUUGUUAUGCAUUACUACAAAAACAACACACAUCUAAAAAAGAGAACACCAUCUGAGUAACCGCAUAUAUACGCAAUUGUAUAUACAUUUAGAGAAGAAGGAAAAGGAAAAUGAAUAGACUGGCUGGCUGGGAGCAAUAAUAUCAACAUCAGCUACCUUUACACACCUUUACACACUUGUUGUGUAGCACCAUUCCAACAAAAAAUCAUCAGAAGCAGCAGCAACAUCAGGAAGAAGGAAAAAUAAUCAUUUAUACCAUACAAAGCAAACCACAAAUGCAUACACAUAUAGUUAGGCAUAGAGACACAUGUAAUUUUUCAGCAAGUGGCUAAUUUUUCAUAGCCACACGCUCAUUAAGCCGACAAACCAACCAAACAACAAACCAACCAACCGCCCACCAAACAACCCUUCAACCCCUGGAAAACCACAAGACAACCUUGCAGAGAACGUGGCACACAACAUUUGCCAAACUAAAUGCCGUGCAACAGCGCUCACGUUGUCUGUGUGUCGAAACUAAUUUGUUUUUCUAAUGUAGUAUCAUACAUUAUGCGAAGUAAUUGUUUAACGCGUCAGUAGCACAGGGAUAAUCGGAGAUAUUAGAAAGCACAGAAACGGAAAGAAAGCAAAUCAAGCAUACUUACGAAACAAAACAAAGUACACA